AUGUUUUCAUCGGUCUGCCGCCGAUGCUUCAGCGUGCUGAGAUCAGCUCACCCUCCCAUCCGGAGGAGCGUCGCGGUAACGUGCGGCUCGGGGGGCUCUGUAGAGGUCGACCUGUACAACGUUGAUGAGUUUUCGCCUACAAAGGCUCUCAUCCUGCAUCUGCCUUCGCAGCCGGACAGCGCCAAUGGCGUGAGGCAACUGCCCGACUUUCUGUACGACUGGCCCGUUGCCAGCAUCAACUACCGGUGGGCGACUGAGCGCUCCCGCGCCGCAAGCCAGGACGAUGAGCAUCUCGACGACUCGGUCGACUGGCCGGUGCCGAUGCACGACGUGGCAUUUGCCUACCAAUGGAUAGUCGAUGCCCUAAAGCCCCCGGGCAUCGGCCGCGGCAACAUCUACGUCUACGGCUCCCAUCUCGGCGCCGGCCUGGCCAUGUCGCUCGCCCUCACAGAGGCCCAUCCGCACAAGCGCUUCGCCGUCCGUGGCGUCGCGGCCUACAACGGCGUCUACAACUGGACCAUGUUCCUGCCGGGCCAAAAGGAGGUCCGCGGUUCAAAGUCCGCGAAGGACGGGCGACGCGAACACGGCAAUCUCAGGAUCAAGGACCUGCACGACAGACUGGUGGCCCUGUUCCAAGAGCCGCACAACCUCUUUGACCCGUUUGCGAGCCCGAGCCUCUUCUUCCACAACCCGGGCCUGGCCAUACCCGAGUCGUUCUACCGCUCCCCCGCGUUUGACAGCCUGGUGAGCGCCAUGAAGGGACAGUAUGACGUGUCGGGAGAGGGGGGCACGCUGGGUGCGUCUAGGAGAAGCCACCUUGCGUUUCCCCCAAGAGCAUCGACUCUCAAAAUCCCCGAAACGCUGCUCAUGCACGACGCACCCUCCUCGAGGCAAUCAAGGUCUAGAGCCACAGAUACGCGACACACAUUCAGGGCGCAGGCAGCGGAAAUUGCCAGCUUCAUGCGGCGAAGCAUCAAAAUGGUCGAGCUGAAGGAGCGAAGUCGUUGGGAUCUAGAGGCAGAAGACAUGAUGGAAAAGAUACCGGAGCGCAGAGUGCGGAUUGUCGAGGUGGGACAAGAAGGCGAGGACCUUGGCUUGAAUGACGCUGGCCAGCAGGCUGUAUUGGAUUGGCUAGGGAGUCUCAAGAUACGAUGA